AUGGGUUGCUAUUGGAUUAGAUUUAAAAGGCUUGGCAAAUCGAAACUCUUCAUCAGUACUCUGUCUCUUAUAAUUGGUUUCUGGAUGGGUAUCAUUGUUGUCACACUGACAGAAGAUUGCUAUAGAGGCACAACGUUUGACAUACUAUCUGGUAGUCUCAACAAAAAUGAUUGGCUGCACCCAACGCAGCCCUACGUCUCUGACCCCUCCCAAAUAGACGCCCUCUACGGCAUCCCGACUGCCGGCGACGAGGGGGAAACGCUCCCCCGGGAACAAUCUCUGCAGCCAUACAAGUCAUACCAUUCAGAGCUUCAAAAAAAAUCUUCAAACUUGAACAUAGGUUACUGGUUGAGGUUGGAUCUGUUGAGAAGAAUUUUUAGACUACCGAGGAGUAACGUUGAAAGACCGAGAAUCCUCUGCUGGCUCAUGACUGAUCCCAACCUUCAAGAAAACUUGAAACACGCCCAACGAACGUGGUUGAGUCGCUGUGAUGUUCCGCUUAUUUUUUCGACGGGGCCCAGCGAUCCGGAAUUUCCGAGUAUCGGAUUGGGACGCAAAGCGGCUCCAGGACGUAACAGUAUAGCAGCGAAAUCCCGCGUCAUCUGGAAAUACCUGAGCCACGUCAACUCGUCGGAGCCACGUUUCUUUGGUCAUGGCCUCUACAUCGACCUGCGUGGCAACAAGUACCUGAAGAACUACCACGGCAUCUACUCAGCUGGGGCGGGCAUCGUCCUUUCGAAGGGUACCUUGGUGACCUUCAUGAAGGUCAUUGAUUUGUGCCCACUCAAAAAUGGAACGGGCGAAGAUUUGAAAACCAGCAUAUGUUUGUCACUCGGAGAUGUAUUUCUGACUGAUACACGCGAUAGGGAUGAUCGAGAAACAUUCUUGCCACCGUUUACCUUGGAGCACAUAACUCAAGGUUACUUACCAUCAUGGUACAGAUUGAAAUAUAGACAACCUCUCGGAUAUUGUUCGCCACAACGACCACACCACAACAGCCACAACAGCCACACCACAACGACCACACCACAACGACCACACCACAACGACGACCACACCACAACAGCCACACUACAACAACCACAGAAAUGGGAAUGUCUCAGUAACUACCCAGUCGUAGCCCACUAUGUUCGCAGGAGAGAGAUGUACGUAUUCGAAUACAUGGCGCGCAUCAGUGAGAGUCAGCUCAAACUUUUAACCAGGCUCUAUCAGAAAGUUCGGAAAUUGCGGAGAGUAAUUCAGCGAAUCAAAUCCCUUUGUAGUAGGAGUGGUUGUGGUCAAAAUUGUGUCGCCAGUAGUAGCGAUAAUCGAGAUUCUGUUUCAAGGAAGAAAAAAAAAAUCCCAAAGACGACACUGACAGGGGGUAUAAAGGGAUCCGAUCAACAAAAGCAGCAGCAGCAAACGCAGUCACAAACGCCGCUGCCAGAAACACAACAACAUUCACAACAUCAACAAACUAAUCAACAUAAAACGAACAACAAUGCUAGCUAUGGAAAUUAUAACAACAACGAUGAUAAUAAUAACAACAAUAAUGAUAAAAACAACAACAGCAACAACAUCAGCAAUAAAAACAUUGGAUACACCUACGACGCCUUCGAUGAAGCUGAUGGCUCGGACGAUGAACUUGACCCCUGGGCCAUGUUCCGGUUCAAAGGAACAGUUUUUAAGAAGGUGCCACCGCACGCCUCGUUCACAGCCGAAGAGUUUGAAACAUUACGUCGAGAUCUCGGAAAGAGUCUGACUUAUCACGAUAAACUGCUGAUUCGGAAGAAGGAAGCCAUGAAGGACCACCUGCUGAACAUCCUCCAUUUAUAUCGCCUCGGUGUUACUGUUAUUAUCGCCCACUACAUCCACCUCAUAUCUGACGCCAUUAAAAUGUCUUUGUUUGUUGAAAGUCCAAAGACAAAUAAAUUUUGCUGGGCAACUUUACAAAAUAUAGACACUUUAAUAUUUUCAACGCUUAUUGACAACAGCGUAAAUGAAAGCAGCAGCAGUAACAACAACAACGAUGACGUCAUCAACAACAAAAAGAAGAAAAGAAAACUUUGCGCUACAAAAAGCACCUUAACCACGUUUGAACGUUUAACUACGAAAUCCUUACUCCAGUGCGCAAUUGCCUGCUCACAAUCCAACAUAAUCGGCCAUAUUGAUUUGGAGAAUAAUAAUAACAAUAAUAAUAAUAAUAACGGUGAUAGUAAUAGUAAGAGUAGUAGCAGAAGCAGCAGCAGUAGCAGCAGCAGCAGUGGUGGCGAUAAUGAUGAUCUAGAAAAGAGCUUAGUUAAACUAGGCAGCAGUUUAAGUGGUAGCAAUUUGAGGAAUGUUUUUGCCAGUAGCAUCAUUCCCCACGACUCUCUCACGUACAAGAGAGUCCCCGACCAAGAAGAACAAGCACCAUCAGGGGAUAAUAACAAUAAUAAUAACAAUAACAACAACAAUAACAACAACAACAACAAUAAUAAUGAUAAUAAUAAUAACAGCCGUGAUAACGAUGCAAACGACGAUGGUAACAAUAACAACUAUGGCGAAGGAGAUAAUCAUGGUGACGGUGAGAGCGACAACAACAACAAUAAUAAUAAUAAUAAUAAUAAUAAUAAUAAUAAUGAUGAUAAUGAUACUAAUAAUAAUAAUAAUAAUAAUGAUGAUAAUGAUAAUAAGGAUAAUAAUGAUGAUAAUGAUACUAAUGAUAAUAAGGAUAAUAAUGAUGAUAAUGAUAAUAAUGAUAAUAAGGAUAAUAAUGAUGAUAAUGAUAAUAAGGAUAAUAAGGAUAAUAAUGAUGAUAAUGAUACUAAUGAUAAUAAGGAUAAUAAUGAUGAUAAUGAUACUAAUGAUAAUAAGGAUAAUAAUGAUGAUAAUGAUACUAAUGAUAAUAAGGAUAAUAAUGAUGAUAAUGAUACUAAUGAUAAUAAGGAUAAUAAUGAUGAUAAUGAUACUAAUGAUAAUAAGGAUAAUAAUGAUGAUAAUGAUACUAAUGAUAAUAAGGAUAAUAAUAAUGAUAAAGAUUACGAUGACGAUGAUAAGAAAAAUAAGAAUAAUCCUGCAAACAACAACGAUGACGAUGAAUGA